CUCUUGUUCCUAAUUUUUUACGAAUUUUACGAGACUGACAGGUGACUGACAUCAUUAUAUGUAUGAAUCCAAGAAGAGCAGGCAGCUUUGAUUGAAGAAUCAGCACAUACUAAUUCAUAUAUAAUAUCUCUCUCUCGAAGAUGAUAUAUUUAUUACUUCAAGAAUGUUUACGGAUCCUCUCCGUCAUCUCUUUCAUGUUCCUCUACUCCCGUCGGAGCCCGAGGAAGAUUGUGUCAGUGGCCGUCGUGGCCCGGGACCCUCCUCCUCCUCCUCCUUCUUCUUCGGCGGGGUUUUCUCCUCGUUCUGGUGCCUUUUCGCCGUCCGGCAAUAACGUGCAAUAUUUAGGAACUUCCAGGGCCUCCAGUACAGGCAGUGUGGAAGUGGUGAUUGGUGAAUUGAAGCGGCUCAUUGUUGAACCGGCUGGGGGCUCGUUGUACCGCCGCGAAAUAAUGGUACUGGAUUCCCGGCCGACGAGGAGAGCUGCUUCGCCAAGGUUGAGGAAAAGGCCGGCGGGGCUUGUUUUGCCCGACCACCGGCAGUCUAUGGCGGAGUUUAGUGAAAUGCGUCGUAACAAGGCAAGCAAGAAUGAGGAGUUUGAGGCCCGGGGGAAGGAUUACUUUUUGGCAAGCAAGAAAGGGAGGAGGGAGAUCAUGGAGGAUGGCUAUGGAGUAAUUGAGGAUAUAUCUGGAGAUCCCAAGCAGGCAUUUUUCGCAGUGAUCGAUGGACAUGGGGGCCGUGCAGCUGCUGAUUAUGUGGCUGAAAACUUAGGGAGCAACAUCCUGAGAGCAAUUGAAUCUGCUGGAAAGGACGGUGCCAGUUCCUACGACUUAGAACAGGCCAUUCGGGGAGGCUACUUGGACACAGACGAGGAGUUUCUCAGGAAGGGAGUGAUCGGUGGAGCUUGCACAGCCAGCGUGCUAUUGAAGAACGGGGAGCUGCAUGUUGCGAAUGUAGGCGACUGUAGAGUAGUCUUGAGUAGGAAUGGAGUUGCUGAUGCAUUGACUUCCGACCACCGUCCCAGCAGGGACGAUGAACGCCUCCGUAUCGAGAGCUCCGGCGGAUUCGUGCACUUGCGACAUGGAGUAUGGAGAGUGCAAGGCUCACUUGCCAUUUCCAGAGCUAUUGGAGACAUCCACCUGAAAGAAUGGAUCAUUUCCGAACCUGAGAUUAGGAUUCUCCCAAUCACUUCCGACUGCGAGUUCCUGAUUUUGGCCUCUGACGGACUUUGGGACAAGGUAACAGGUCAAGAGGCAGUCGACGUGGUUUCACAAGAGAAGAGCUUGCAGGAGUCCUGCAAAAAGCUGGUGGACAUGUCUUCAUGCCGAGGGAACUUGGAUGACAUCACCGUGAUGGUGAUAAAUCUUCAGAGUUUUGCCCAGGAAGCUAACUAUUGAUCACGAAACGUUAAGAAUGGAACUAUAUACACACAUGCACGUACAAAGUCACGGACAUAUAUGCCAGUCUAAGACCCGCCCAACAGGCAAGAAACAUGAGCCUACGAUGUACAUAUGCUUGCACAGAAUCACAUCUUUUGAUGCUGAAGUUAUAAGACCGGUAGGCAAUGGAUGGACUAGAAUAGAAGAAAGCAGGAGCUCUCAGUGAGCGAGCUUCCUGACGGAGAAGUUUCAGCGUAAUCAAAAUUUUCUUUUGCGGGUGCGAAAAUUGUGUAAUUAAAUUCUGUAAGCUGUAGAGAAAUUGAUGUAGCAAGUGGCAUAACCCCCCUCAUUGGAAUCAACGGAUUCCAGCAUCGAUUCUCGACAGCGAGACUGCCAUAUCCCUUUAUAUUGCUUUUCUUGUCCCUUUAUUAGGCUGAUGACGGGCCCUUCUUGUAACCGAAAAUUUUGUCUGCAGUAUGCUCUUCUUUUGUAGGCCAGUUUAUAUGGCAUCAUUUCCCUAUAUUUCUUCAUCUUAAUUUCUUACAAUACAUUGUAUAGUCUUUGCGUUACUAAUGGAAAAAAGUUUUCUCCCUA